ACUAUCUCCUGAUUGGUUGUCUUGGUCCAUCUGCUCAGAUGAUGUGUCGGCGGGCAGCAGCGCUGAGUACCCAGACAGAGUGUCCAUGAUGGAGGGGCGCCUUCAGUUGCAGGAAAAUGAGAUCAUUCUGCUGAAGUCAUCACUGGCCGACGCGCUGCGCAGGCUCCGCCUCCACGACCAGCUGAUCCCCCUGCUCAAACAGCAGCUCAUCGCAGGUGAGUGGCCAACCAUCACACCUUAGAUCAGAUUACGGUCUUAAACGACUUGGUUUGACUAAUGUAAGCUUGUCUACAGUAACAGAAGCCAAUAGAAUAAUAAAUAUAUUAUUAUCCCACCCCAUGACCAUUGUUUUGUGCUGUUUGUUGCAUCUAUGUGUUCAUCCUAAAUGUGUGUGAUUGUGUCUUAUUGUAUAUGACCUCAGUGAACCCUGCAGCGGCCCGUGUCCUGAACCAGGUCUUCUGCUCUGAUGGUUUCUCCAGCUCCCGUAAACUAUCGUCCAGCUCAGCCCUGGAUGGCACCCGCCACCCUGCCACCAGGUACUGUACCAGCACAGAGGGACUGGGUGGGCAAAGAGUGGGUAGGAGAGACCUAUAUGAAGACAUGGCUCUUAGAUUAGCAAUGUGUGUAAAUAGGGAAUUGUUUGUUCAGUCAAGAUAUUGGAUUUAUAGCAUUCAACUUGUAUAGUAAAGUCUUAUUAGAUUCAGUCUGAUAUUGUAUGAUGUUUUAUCCUUGUUGAUCUCAACUGUACACUGUGUGUGUCUCUAGCCAAGUGGGAAACAACAUUGAAGGUGAGAAUGGUCACUAUGGGGACAAUGGAUCCCUAGCCCCCAUGUGUAAGCCCCCUACAUAUGAUCGGGAUACCCAGACAGAGCUCACCCCGCUGAGGCAGGACCAGGGGCUAGACAGGGUCCCCCUGGCUCUCACCAGUGACGUCCAGAGCCUCUCCCUGGAAGAUGCCCUCCCCAAGGGGAUCUCUCUGACCGAGGGGUCCCUGGCCAAGCUCCACCGCGUCCAGGUGCUAGAAGAGGAGGACGAGGAAGUGGAAAAGGACCUGAGCUGGGCGUCUUCUGUAGAGGAGCCCAUCCACCCCACCACCAUCCGGAGCCUCCAGAGAGUGGACCUCCAGGACCCCAAUGGCUCCACGGAGAGCCUGAGUUCAGCCCGCCAGACCCCAAUCUCGGGGUCCCCAGCCCCCCCUAAGGACCUGUCCCCCAGCUCCCGGGGUGGACCUCUCUCCACUAUCCUGGAGGGCCAGAAUAAACCCUUGUGCGUUAUCGCGUCCUCCUCCUCCUCUUCUCCAUUCAUUCCUGCCUGAUUGCAUGGCUUUUGGGGAUAAAUCACCUCUUUUUGAUCCCUGUCUCCUAUUCUCUAUGCUUGUGUUACUACAAAACUCUAAUCUAAGAAUCAGUUUGUGGUAGACAGUUGACUGGGGAGCAUACAUUACGUUGUCUCUCCCGCUGGAUCCGGCUGCUGUGUUAUUUUCCAUGUCUUUGAACCAGGGGCUAAAUGAGGGUGAUUGGGAACAUAAGGCCCUUGUGUCUCAUAAUGACAGACUCAUCGUAUGCUGAGUGACACGUCCAAGAGAGGCAACACACACAGAAUCAGGCACAGUGGAAAAUGUGUUAAGGGUCGUGCGGCUCAACCCUGUGUAUACAAUAUUGGUGAAUGCUGGGAUAAGCUGGGGGCCACAAUGAGCGUUUUGCCAUGUCAACACCUCUUUGAUGUGGGGCUCUAGAAUGCAACGUUUCAAAAUGGCCGCAUUGGCCAAGCAGCAGCCGUUUCACCGCAUAGCCAUAAAAAUGAAUAAAACACAGCCUAGUUAUGUCUAUAACUAAAUUUGGUCUUAGCCCAAAGACUGAGAAGUGGUAGCCUAGUUAUGCAUGUCAGAUGAGUAGGGCCCAAAGUUUUUCCCGUCAAUGUGAUCUGAACAGGAAAAACUCUGGACCAUAGUUAAACUCCAUGCCCUACAGAUAAGACAUUGAAUCAAUGUUAAGGGUUACGUUCAGAACAACUGGGGUUUGCAGUUAAACACAAGUUGAGUAGUUAACACUGUGUAACAGUAACACUGGGGUUGUGUUCAUGGAAUGCACACUAACCUGAUGAUCAAAUCUGAGCCUCACCCUUUAACAGAUUUCUCCUCAUUCAAGCAUGAAUUGAUUCAGCAUGAUUUCCUGCAUGUGGAUAUUUCAAUGGGGCUUUUCAUCUGAGUCAAAUUGGUAGAUUCUUUUGCUGCUCCAUAAUCACAAAAGAAUUGCUACAGUAUUCCUCUGAUUGUGUUUGUGUUCUGUGUGUGUGUGUGUUGUUUUGAAUGCUAGUUAUGACUUGGAAGAGGCCUAUUGCUGAUUGAUAGCAUAUGUUUCAGUUAGAUCUAGUUAGCUCUAUCAUGCCACACCAUGAGAACGAGUGGUACUAUGAAUGUGAAGUCAUUUCCAGAACCAAACAGUAAUAUGAACUAGGCUAUUCAGUUACAUUACAUACUUAGAUACAUUAUGUAGACAGUAUUUGUAUGUGUAUAAUCAGUAGGAGCCACAGGCUUCAGGGGAAGGGAGUCAGCUGGGUUUCACUUCCUAGUUCUACUUCCUGUUACAUACCUCAAACAUCCCUGGUCACAUGACGAGGGCAAUUUCCCUCUGAUUAUUGAGCACAUCAUUUCCUUACCAGGAAAAUGGUCGUGUGGCUUACAGGGAAACUCUGGCCCGUCAUAGAAUACACGUUGAAACACUGUCACGAUCGUUGAGAGAUGGGUCAGACCAAGGUGCAGUGUGGUGUGCGAACAUGUUUAUUAAACUCAAUAAACAACAUAACGUGACAUCCUCAGGCUAUACACACACACACAAGCCUAAACACAGAACACGAUCCCACAACUAAGGUAGGCAACCAGGCUACUUAAGUAUGAUCCCCAAUCAGAGACAACGAGCGACAGCUGUCUCUGAUUGGGAAUCACACCCGGCCAACCAUAGACACACAACCUAGAACUGAAACAUAGAAAUAGACUAACUAGAAUGUAAACAUAGAAUAUACAGUGGGGCAAAAAAGUAUUUAGUCAGCCACCAAUUGUGCAAGUUUCCCACUAAAAGAUGAGAGAGGCCUGUAAUUUUCAUCAUAGGUACACGUCAACUAUGACAGACAAAUUGAGAAAAAAAAUCCAGAAAAUCCCAUUGUAGGAUUUUUAAAUGAAUUUAUUUGCAAAUUAUGGUGGAAAAUAAGUAUUUGGUCACUACAACAAGCAAGAUUUCUGGCUCUCACAGACCUGUAACUUCUUCUUUCAAGAGGCUCCUCUGUCCUCCACUCGUUACCUGUAUUAAUGGCACCUUUUGAACUUGUUAUCAGUAUAAAAGACACCUGUCCACAACCUCAAACAGUCACACUCCAAACUUCACAAUGGCCAAGACCAAAGAGCUGUCAAAGACACCAAAAAAAAUUGUAGACCUGCACCAGGCUGGAAGACUGAAUCUGCAACAGGUAAGGAGCUUGGUUUGAAGAAAUCAACUGUGGGAGCAAUUAUUAGGAAAUGGAAGACAUACAAGACCACUGAUAAUCUCCCUCGAUCUGGGGCUCCAUGCAAGAUCUCACCCCGUGGGGUCAAAAUGAUCACAAGAACGGUGAGCAAAAAUCCCAGAACCACACGGGGGGACCUAGUGAAUGACCUGCUGAGAGCUGGGACCAAAGUAACAAAGCCAACCAUCAGUAACACACUACGCCGCCAGGGACUCAAAUCCUGCAGUGCGAGACGUGUCCCCCUGCUUAAGCCAGUACAUGUCCAGGCCCGUCUGAAGUGCAUUUGGAUGAUCCAGAAGAGGAUUGGGAGAAUGUCAUAUGGUCAGAUGAAACCAAAAUAUAACUUUUUGGUAAAAACUCAACUCGUCAUGUUUGGAGGACAAAGAAUGCUGAGUUGCAUCCAAAGAACACCAUACCUACUGUGAAGCAUGGGGUUGGAAACAUCAUGCUUUGGGGCUGUUUUUUCUGCAAAGGGACCAGGAUGACUGAUCCGUGUAAAGGAAAGAAUGAAUGGGGCCAUGUAUCGUGAGAUUUUGAGUGAAACCCUCCUUCCAUCAGCAAGGGCAUUGAAGAUGAAACGUGGCUGGGUCUUUCAGCAUGACAAUGAUCCCAAACACACCGCCCGGGCAACGAAGGAGUGGCUUCGUAAGAAGCAUUUCAAGGUCCUGGAGUGGCCUAGCCAGUCUCCAGAUCUCAACCCCAUAGAAAAUAUUUGGAGGGAGUUGAAAGUCUGUGUUGCCCAGCGACAGCCCCAAAACAUCACUGCUCUAGAGGAGAUCUGCAUGGAGGAAUGGGCCAAAAUACCAGCAACAGUGUGUGAAAACCUUGUGAAGACGUACAGAAAACGUUUGACCUGUGUCAUUGCCAACAAAGGGUAUAUAACAAAGUAUUGAGAAACUUUUGUUAUUGACCAAAUACUUAUUUUCCACCAUCAUAUGCCAAUAAAUUCAUUAAAAAUCCUACAAUGUGAUUUUCUGGAUUUUUUUUUCUAAUUUUGUCUGUCAUAGUUGACGUGUACCUAUGAUGAAAAUUACAGGCCUCUCUCAUCUUUUUAAGUGGGAGAACCAAACCAACUAAAGACAACAGGCCUCUCACGGCCAGGGCGUGACAAACACACACACAUUCAUAGUUCAUCUGAGUGUGUAAGUGUGCGUGCUUGUGUGUCUGUGUUUGUGUGUGUGCAUGUCUCUGUGCGCAAGUAUGUGUUUGUGUUCCCAAGUGUGGUUGUGUCUGUGUCUCAAACCCAGCACAUAAAUCCUCUUAUGCAGACUCCCUAUCCUCAUUGUCCAGAGUUCGCAGGAACAGUGAGAAACUAGCAAAGGACCCCCAGGAGAAGACCAAGAAGCGGCUGGACAAAAAGGCAGCAUCUUCGGCCAACCUCCUCACCCGAUCCCCCAGUCUGGAGAGGUGAGAGAAGGCCGAUCCGAUCCAUCAGCAAGAUCAUCUUUCAAACUCAUCGUAACAUCACAUUUUCCUACGGCCGCAAAAACGUUACAUAUUUCACCAAGUAGUCACUCAUUGGAAAACAGGUGCCCUUUAUUCUAGUUUAAUAAAAUUCCUUUCCUUUGAAAAGUCUUAGGAUCCCCCAAUUGCGUGAGCUGGGUCCAAAGACUGUAUAAUAUAAUGGUUGGUUCAAGUGUCUGAAAGAGUCUCUUGAAUAUAAUGUGUCUGUCUAACAGUUAUGGUUGUUUCUUUUCUCGCAGCCGGACCAAAGAUCUCAUCGCCAGUGCAGGUAAUGCAUAUCAAACAACACUACUCUCUCCAGACUCCCUAUAAUGUAUUAUCCAACCUUAGUCUCUAUAUUGGCUUAAAUGACUGACAGACAGACUGCAGGCCAGAUCUGGACUGGAUGAAUAGCCCAUACGUACAGCUCCAGCUAACCUGUGUAUUACUUUACCUAUUAUUAAAUGUGUCCAUAGCCUCCAUUUAGGGGGCCUGUAAAUGCAAGAACAUAGCCUUUCAGUCUAUAACUAUCUCAUAUUUGGUGUGUUAACUUCUCAUUCCUAUUCUUUCGUUUGGGACACUAAACUGCAUACUAAAUGUCAAAGAUAGUAUUCAGAUAGAGCAAUACCCAUGCUUGAGGUUCACUUUCCUGCUUUUUUGAGCGUUUGCUUGGAGUGUGGUUUAGCUUUAUAAUGGGAUUCAUUCCUAAACCAGAGAGAGUUAAGAGGACAUUCCCUAUUUGAUUGUCUUUGAUUGUCUCUGUGUUUUUACCAGUUGGACCUAAUGGGGAUUCAAUUUGCGGAAAAUCAGUUUGAUGCGCCCAUCUGAUUAGCAUAAUAGUCUGUAAAUUUGAUCAGUGAGCCACAAGACAAGGGGUUUCUACUAGACAAAGGGUGCAUGGAGUGAGCCUCCAAAAGGGCUUACGUCUGUAAUAGUAAGAGCAUACUACUACUACUACUACAACAACAAUAUUACUACUACUAAUACAAUAAUGACAGUCAUAAAAGUGACUGGCCACUGGACAUUGCAUCCAUCCUCUAGUUGUCUCAAGGCCCAAAGGUAAUUCAGAGUCCAUCAUAGUCCAUCCCUCCUCCACACACUAAAAUAAGCCUGGUCAGAAAUAUUCCUCAUCAUACUGUGAUCACAGAGAUACUUUUUUACACUGUCACUUAUUUAUGAGGCAGAGCGGCAGCCGUUCCUGAUGUUAAACACAGAGAGUCUGUUUAGUGCUCCACCCCUCCGUUCUGGGUUGGGACGAUCCCAUUGGACUCUUUCUGGAAAGCCAUCCAUUGUGGUUAACCGUGCUGCCGCACCGCUCCGAGACUCCUGACGGGAUGAUGGAUGGCUGUUAUACCCGAGAAGGACGGAGACCAAGAAUACUUUUUUUAUUUGUUAAUUUCUCUCUCUCUCUUUCUCUUUCUGUGAGCUGGCCAGGACUAGAUGUAUUCAGUUUUUCACUGUCUCUCUGAGUUGGCCCGGGACAGGUCUGCCUGAAUUCAGCACGAGUUAGGUCAUCACGAGAGGGUUGUAAAAGUGUAACCAGGUCUUUUAAAUUGAACUCACUAUAUCUUACUCACUAUAUCCUAACUGAAUGUCUAUACUUGGAAAUGUGAAUGGCAAUAGUGUGGAUAUACCCCUAAAUUCUAAAUAAAACAAAGCCUGAUGUUGGAAAAUCAUCCCACUGGUUUGCUCAUAGAUCACAUAAGAGCGGCUCUGAAACUGGUCCCAGUGGAUCCGUAAUGUCAGAGCAGAACCUGCUCUGCUGGAAUCAGUUGUGAUUUAGUGCUCCUAGAAUCCAUGUGUUUAUUUGUCUCUCUCUCUCUCUCUCUCUCUCACUCACUCACUCACUCACUCACUCACUCACUCACUCACUCACUCACUCACUCACUCACUCACUCACUCACUCACUCACUCACUCACUCACUCACUCACUCACUCACUCUCUCUCUCUCUCUCUCCCUGUCUCUCCCUCUGUCCCUGUCUCUCACUCUGUCCCUGUCUCUCUCCCUCUCCCUCUGUCUCUCCCUCUCUCUCUGUCUCUCACUCUCUCUCUGUCCCUGUCUCUCACUCUCCCUCUGUCUCUGUCUCUCCCUCUGUCUCUGUCUCUCUCCCUCUGUCUCUGUCUCUCUCUGUUCUUCUCACUCUUUCUCCUCUCCUCAUGUCUCUCACUCUCUCUCUGUCCCUGUCUAUCACCUCUCAUGUUCCCUUCUCUCCUCUGUCUCUCUCCUCUCUCUGUCUCUCCCUUCCUCUCUUCUCUCUCCUCCUCUCUCCCUGUCAUUCUCUCUCUCUCUCUCCUCUGCUUUCUUGUCUCUUCUCCAUCUUCCAUGUCCCUCUCUCCCUUGUCCCUGUCUCUCCCUUCCCUUCUCUCCCCUCCCCUCGCCCUCCCUCUCCCUCACUCUCCCUCCCUCUCGCCCGUCUCUCCCCCUCUCCAUCUCUCGUCCUGUCUCCUCUGUCUCUCCCUCCUCCCUGUCCUGUCUCUCUCCUCCCUGCUCUCUCUUCUCUCCCUCUCUCUCUGUCUCUCCUCUCUCCCUGUCCCUGUCUCCGUCUCUCCCUCUCUCCCUCUCUCCUGUCCUGUCCUCUCCCCUCUCUCUCUCCCUCUCCCCCUCUCUCCCUGUCCCUGUCUCUCUCUCUCCCUCUCUCCUGUCUGUCCCUGUCUCUCCCUGUCUCUCUCUCCCUCUCUCCCUGUCUCUCCCUCUCUCUCUGUCUCUCCCUCUCUCCCUGUCUCUCCCUCUCUCUAUGUCUCUCCCUUUCUCUCUGUUCCUGUCUCUUUCUCUUCCUCUCCUCUCGUAGGAUCUCCAGGAUCGAGACGAGGAACCCAAGGUACGAGACAUCAUAGGGGAUGUUAUGUGUUAACUGUUAUGUCAUUCAACUACAUGUAGGGCUGAGACUUGGGCUUGGGAUUCAUACAUGCUAAUGGCACUGCACUGUUGACUUAACAUUAUUGAAUGAAUUAGGAUCUAAAUGUGAUUUGUGGUGUAGAUAUUGUAGCAUCACCAGGAUUUUGGUAGUUUAGGCAGGCCGUUGAAAGAGCAGCAAAUAUCCACAUGAAGUUGAGGAUAGGAUUGCGAAAGUUCAUAUUGAACCAUGGUAGCAGUUGGAGAUGUACAAAUAUGGUCCAGUAUUGUCAUACAUUUUUCUCCAUCUGUCAUUGGCUGACAGGUCAAUCAAUCAAGAUGUUCAUCCGCGGUCGACCAAUCACCAUGUACGUCCCCUCCAACAUCCAGAACUACGAUGACCUGAGGAUGGAGCCACCUGUAGAGAAACUGGAACUCGAUUGGGUGUAUCCUUCCUAAGUCCCUCUCAUAAGUCACGACCAAUGGGGCUUUGAUCUAGCAACAUACUGUAUGUUUUUAAAUUCCAGUCAUAGUUGAUUAGAAUAUUUGAUAUUCUAUAGUGCUAAGUUUGUUGGAUGAAAGCCAUAAAGUACAUUUUGCCCAUCAGUCAGAUAGAGAAACAUAUGUAAAUUCCUUAAUGUCUUUUAGCCAAGCCAUCCGCUUCUCAGGUCAAUGGAAGUUAUGUCAUCCAUAAAUCACCUAUUAUUAUAGGUGUAGCUGUGGGUGAAAUGUAAUUACUUUAGGGUCAAUUCAUGAUUUAGACUGAUGAACCAAUGAGACGUUUCAGUGAUGUCACCUUGACUGGAGCCGCAUAGUUACGGUUACCGGGGGCGCGACUGCCGAGCCAAUCUGUAUCUGCUGGCGUCGGGGGAGGCAGUAUACUUCAUCGCAUGUGUGGUGGUGCUGUACCACAUCAACAACCGCACUCAGCGCCACUACAGCAAACACACCGACUGUGUCCGCUGGUGAGUGGCUCACGUUGAACCAUGACCUCUCAUAUCAUAAUUCAAGUUUAUUUGUCAUGUGUAUAAAAUACAACAAACUGUGCAAAAUCAACUACAAUUGUUGUUGAGUAAGCAAAAUGUGAGAAUUGAUAGUCAAGUUAAAAGAAUAUGAUGCUGUAUAAAAAUCACAAUUUGUCUGUCCUUCAGUCUAACCAUCCAUCCAGACAAGGUGCGGGUGGCUUCGGGACAGACGGCUGGGGUGGAUAAGGAUGGCAAGGUGAGGCAAUUCAUGGAAGAAAAUGUUUACUAAAUAUAUGUACUGUAAAUGGUCAUAUUUAUCAUCAAGUCCUAUACGUCUAUUGUGUCUCUCAGCCCCUACAGCCUUAUGUCCACAUAUGGGAUUCUGCCACACUGAUCACCCUACAACAGAUAGGACUGGGCACGUUUGAGCGAGGUGUAGGAUCUGUAGCCUUCUCCUUUGCGGUAAGUGAUCAUCCGUACUACAAAACACCCCUCCCACAAACUAGAUGUGACUGAGUUGAAUGGUCUGUGUUUUUUGUACAUUGUCCUUUGUCAACUCACUAAGGCUUUUGAAGAACUCCUGACACCAAAUCUCCAUACAACACUCACAAACAACCAAUACAGGUUUACGUUGAUAUAUAUAUAUAUAUAUAUAUAUGCCAUUUAGCAGAUGCUUUUAUCCAAAGCGACUUACCGUCAUGCGUACAUUGUUUUGGUAUGGGUGGCCUCAGCGGAAUCGAACCCGCGAUCCUUCACAUGGUUUCACAUUAGCCAUUGAUCUCUGUUUCCCUGUCCUUGUGACUCUGCAUCAUCUCUCCAUCUGACAGCCUCUCACUGGUUCCUUCUCCCCUCGUUCUCACCUCUCCUCUGCUUGCAGGACUCUGGAGCCUUCCUCUGUGUGAUUGAUGACUCCAAUGAACACAUGCUGUCUGUGUGGGACUGCGCCAAAGGAACCAAGCACGCAGAGGUUAAGGUAAAGCAAUGCACCAAGACACACACGCACGCACACUUGGCAUUCAUGCAAGCACACAGGCACGGACACAGGCACACACACACCCACAUGCAUGCACAAACGCACACACAAACACACACACAUACACAAAGAGAGUCCUAUUCAUAUUGCACAGUAGGUUUAUUGCAGUAAAAUACUAAUAAUCAAUAUGAUUUACGGUAUACAUCUUGAUACUGCUUCCUUGUGCUAUAACAAAAAAAUCCCCCCAUGUACAUGUAUAGACCUCUGGUGUGUCUUUGCUGGGAGCCAAGUAGUAAUUUGCGUACGAAGGCUUUGUUAAAGCCAGCAUUCACUAGAGUGAUCUGAUCUGUAGAUGCCUGAAAAAGAGGACUGUUUGCAUAGAUUUGUUAAAAAAAUAUGGCGUCCACGUCACCUCGUUCUGUCACAGGCUUUUGUCCCAAAUUUCUCAACUUCCCUGAGAGUAAGUUCAGCCGCGUUGCCACGGCAACUGUGUAAAUAUUUUAGACAGUGAAUUUGUCAGUGUGUGUGUGUGACUGUGUGUGUGUGUGUGUGUGUGCGCGCAUAUGUGUGUGUUGGUGGGUUUGGAUGUUAGGUGGGUGUUAUGAGCUAAUUUCCUGUCUUGAUUCUGAGUUUCUUGUAGCACACAUGCAGAACUUCUUGUAUGAUUGGCCAAAUGGAAUUUGCAUAAGCAUCAUUUGUCAUGAGAGUGCCAUAGAUUCAAGAGUCCAGUUUUGGAUCUCCAGCUAAAAUUGGGAGUGGUCAAAAGGGGGGGGGGGGGGUUAGCAGCCCACAUAAAUAUAGGAGUUGGUUCAAUGUAUGUAACACAUGCCCAUCCCCCACUGGACUGUAAUGGAAUAGUCCACUGCUUUUUUUCAUAUAGUGCAGCUGCUGCACAUUGAGACUUUGGUGCAGAAGUGUUAUGCAUUAUACCCUCUUAUACAACAUUAAUUGUCCUCAACUUAAUUCCAAGGGUGGCAAAAUCAUAGAAGUCCAGCUCUGAGAUAUUGGCAUUCACAGUUUCAAUUGAUAUUUAGCAUUUCAAUAAAUUAUUUCACGACUUGAAAUCUUCUCAUUGUGUGUGUUAAUCCAGAGCACCAACGAGGCAGUGUUUACAGUAGAGUUCAACCCCAACGACAGCACCAACAUCAUCACCUGUGGAAAGUCUCACGUCUACUUUUGGACCCUAAGUGCUGGCUCACUCACCAAGAAACAGGGCAUCUUUGGGGUGAGUGAAAUCCCUUAGAAGUCCUUACAAGUACAUUGUCAGCCUUUUUCCACAUAGGUUAAAAGGUUAACAGCACCCUGUAUAUGUGACCGAACUGGGUAUAUCAAACCCGGGUUAUUUGGAUGCCUCAAUAAAUACUAUUUUAGACCACUGAGCUAAAGCCUAUACUAACCUGGGAGCUAGCACAAGUCUGCAGGUCUCAGGCAAGGCUAUUUAUCACUGAACCACCUCCACUACAUAUAGUAAUUCAAACGAAUUUGUUACAUAAAUGUUUAUCAUCUUUAUCUACUGUCAGAAAUACAAAGAUCCCAAUAAAUAUAGUCAUUCGAACUUGUUUGUAACAGUUUGUAAUGUUUCUUCUCUGUUAGAAAUACAAGAAGCCCAAGUUCAUCCAGUGCUUUGUGUUCAGCCUGACGGGAGACGUGCUAACUGGGGACUCAGAGGGGAACAUCCUGACAUGGGGCAAAUCACCCGGCGACGUCAAGACACUGGGGAAAGGGGCCAAAGGUAACUGUCUGUUCCAACCAGGGUCCAAAUUAGGACCAGGUUCUCCAUAUCAAAUAAAUGUAAUAAAAAUACAAACAUAAGGAAAAAAUAUAGUUUCAUUUGAUUUAGUACCUCCUCAAUCAACUAUGCUACCAGACUCUGCCUCCAUAGCUGUGAUUCUUUUUCCCCUUGCUCUCCAAAUGUGUGAGGCCUGUGACAACAGUAAGUAAGUAGCCUUGGCUUGUGCGAGCCGGAACGGCUCAUAGGGCAGGAGUCUAUCUCCUGUUUCUGGACGCUAGUCUAUCGCAGGGCCUGUGACAAUAGACAGUAAAGUAAUCUUCUUCUCUCUUCCUCCUUUUGCAGAGACGUUCCAGAUCAUGCGGCAGACGCGGGCCCAUGACGGCAGUGUGUUUACUCUGUGUAUGCUGCAGGGGGGUGCUCUCCUCAGCGGCGGGGGCAAAGACCGUAAGAUCAUCCGCUGGAGCGCUGACCUUGCACCCGAGAGAGAGUGUGAGGUGAAAGAAGCGUGUUUGUGUGUGUGCAUUGUCACUCUUAAUAACCAAACUGAGCGUGUUAAAACCUUUUUUUGUGGGUAUUUAUGUAUUAUUUCAGAAUAAUAUCUAUGUUUAUGUAUAUAUUAUAGAUUCCAGAACAGUUUGGGGCGGUCCGUUGCAUUGCAGAUGUAGACGGGGAGGAGGUAUUGGUUGGUACCACCCGAAAUGCCAUCCUGAGGGGCACUUUCUCUGAUGGCUUUGUGGCCAUAGUACAGGUAUGUAAACAUUAGCAUGAUGGAGUAUAUGUGGAGUGAUAUGUGGAGUGGUUUGCGGUUACACACCUGGUCUGCACAUGUUCUGCGUUCCGAUUCCCUCCACUUCUCCCCAAAGUGCACAGCGCACUUUCUCACUCCCCCACAUGGAUUUAAAAGCAUUAGAUUGUUGUAUCCAUGGGGGGAAACUACUGGUGGUAUCAAACAUGUCUUACUCCAGUCCAAUCAGUGUCGAGGAGUGAACAUUGAAGCUUAGAGAAUAGAAACCUAAAGCCAGUGUGUGGAUUGAGUGUGUGAUAGUGUGUGGAUUGAGUGUGUGAUAGUGUGUGUAUUGAGUGUGUGAUAGUGUGUGUAUUGAGUGUGUGAUAGUGUGUGUAUUGAGUGUGUGAUAGUGUGUGUAUUUAGUGUGUGUAUUGAGUGUGUGAUAGUGUGUGUAUUGAGUGUGUGAUAGUGUGUGUAUUGAGUGUGUGAUAGUGUGUGUAUUGAGUGUGUGAUAGUGUGUGUAUUGAGUGUGUGAUAGUGUGUGUGAUAGUGUGUGUAUCGCUCUAUCCUGUGCAGGGUCAUGUGGAUGAGAUGUGGGGUUUGGCCACACACCCCUCCCAGGAUGUCUUCCUCACCUGUGGACAUGACAGACAGGUGUGCGUGUGGAACACAGAGGAGCACAAACUGGACUGGUGCACCACGCUAGAGGUGAGCGGGCAUAGAUACAAACACACAGACACACGCACCUACACACACAAAGUGACACAUAUUCUUAAAUACUAUUCCUCAUUUCUUUCAGGAGUAUGGGCUGUGUGCUGAUUUCUGUCCCAAUGGGGCUGUGGUGUCUGUUGGGCUCAGCACAGGCAGGUGAGACACUCCACUCUGAAAUACAACAGCAUCAAAUGCGUAGACUAGAGCAGGCAAUAGAAGUAUCUCAUACGUUAUCAACUAAUCUACAGCAUUAAUCAGUAUCAAUGCGUUCCUGUUUAUUACGAUGUUGAUGCUAGAUAUUUACCCCAAACUCCAGGACGAUAAAGCAGAAUCAUUGUCUGAAGGAUCAGACCUUCACGCUGGUUGUCUACCUGUCUUCCCAACCCCCCACCUCCAAUCUCCCUGUAACAGGUGGCUGGUCCUUGACCUGCAGACCAAAGAUGUAGUCUCAGACUACACCGACGGGAAUGAACAGCUGUCCGUAAUGAGAUACUCACCAGGUCAGAGGUCAAGCUCCUUCAGUGUGUCACAAUAGACCGAAUGUCAACCAUGCUUCAGUAAUACGUACUGACUCACCACUAGGAUUGAUCUCUAUUAUUUGUAUUUAUAUCUAUUUAUCUCUAUUUGGAACAUGCCCUUGUUUUGAUUUACCCUUUCAGAUGGUAGCUUCUUGGCCGUGGGUUCCCAUGACAACUUCAUCUACAUCUAUAACGUCACAGAGAGUGGACGGCGCUACUCCCGCUACGGAAAGUGCAAUGUAAGUUGCAGUGCAUUCUGGGAUGUUGGGGAUGGUUGUGGAUUAUUUAUGUAAAAUCAAAUCAAAUUGUAUUUGCCACAUGCGCCAAAUACAACAGGUGUAGACCUUACAGUGAAACGCUUACUUACAAGCCCUUAACCAACAAUGCAGUUUUAAGAAAAAUAAGUGUUAAGUAAAAAAAUAUAUUCGUCAUGGUGUUUGGGUGUUGUCAUUUUGUGAUGUCUGUUACUUUUAGGGUCACUCCAGCUUCAUCACUCACCUUGAUUGGUCCAAAGACGGGAAGUACAUUAUGUCCAACUCAGGCGAUUACGAAAUCCUUUACUGUGAGUGACUGUGCAAACGGCUACAUUUUAUUUUUGCAUGUCUCAGUUGAACACGUGUAUAUUUGUAUAGGACAAUAUGUCUAAUUUCCCUAACUCAAUUAUCCUAAGGACUAUUUUACUCUUCUCAAACAGGGGACAUCGCUGGAGGCUGCAAACUGUUGAGGAACCGCUACGAGAGCAAAGACCGAGAAUGGGCGUCCUACACCUGCGUAUUGGGCUUCCAUGUCAUGGGUGAGAAGAACCAGCAUUCAAACUAUCACAAGCCUCUCAAUAUCACUCAACCCUUUACCUGUGACUGAGUGGCUAGCAUGUGUUGUGUGUUAUUUUGUGUCGUCCCACAGGUGUGUGGUUGGAGGGUUCAGACGGCACAGACAUCAACGCCCUCUGUCGCUCCCACAAUGAGAGAAUGGUGGCGGUGGCCGAUGACUUCUGUAAAGUCCACCUCUUCCAGUACCCCUGCCCAAAACCCAAGGUCAGGAAUAAUUCAGCGCCACAUUUUCAAUUGAUUUCAAUCAUUUUUACUCCUUCCACCAGAAAGCUCACCACAUAUCAAAUGUCUUCUUUUACCCAUCAGGCCCCAAACCACAGUUAUGAGGGCCACGGUAGUCACGUGACCAACGUGCGCUUCACCCACUGUGACAGUCACGUGCUCUCCAUGGGAGGCAAGGACACCUGUAUCCUCCAGUGGAGGGUCAAGAGAGGAGGGACGGGGGACAGCGGGGGAGACCGCCUACAAUCCUCCUCUUCCGCCUCAACCAGCUCCCCAGAACCUUAAAGGAGAGAAAGAGACGUGGAGAGAAAGACAGAGACUGAGAGAAACAGAGAGAGGGUGAUAAAGAGACAAAGGGGAGAGAAAUGUUUACAGAGGGAGAGGGAAAGGGGGAGAGGGAGAGAGAGAGGGAGCAACGUAGAAAGAGAGAGGCUUCUGGACCUGUGGCGUAGUGGUUGUGUCUGGUUCUUAGAUUAAAGCAGGUUUAGGAAUCACAUCCUUUAUGUCAAUAGGAUUCUCUGUUCAAACACAAUGGAGUUUUGUAAUGCAGAUAUGAGCCACACGUGAUGUAAUGGAAAUGUUAAUACAUCUGGGCACGAUGUACUUCUCAGAAUGAGUGAAAUUCUGUCGAAUCUAUGUGAAUUUUCUAUACUGGCGCAAUUGAAAAAGGUCAAACUUUGGUAUCAACUGACUGUUGAACAAAGGGAUCAAUUGUUGAGAACAUUCCAAAAUAUCCUAUUUUGUUUACUAAUUUGUUUACCAUGCAAGCUUACCCUAGUGGUGUUUUAUGGUUAUUGUCUUCUCAGAAAUGUCAUAUAACAUCAUACAUAUUUUGCUCUGUUGCGAUCUCUAUGAAUAUUGAACUUUUUAUGUGCAUUUUGCUAAAUGGUGACAAUCACUCAAGUGCCUUAGAAUUGAAUAACAAAAAUAUUUGCUUUACUCAUAUUGCAGUUGAAUCUAAUCUCUCCAGAGUAUUAGACAAAUUCAGAAAGGUCUACCUUUAUUGUACACGUCGCUUUUGUAUUUGAUUUAUUCUAUGUUUAUUUAAAAGUACUUUUGAAUGGGUCAUGGUUUUCUUUGUCUCCAGAUAUUUCUAUCAAUAAACAAUGACAACUAGUGCU